ACGGCACCCACCCUGAAACAGACAGGGCAGAGGUCGUCGUCGUUCGUCCCUACCAUCGCUCCCCACCGCUAGCUCCAUUAAUUCAUCCUUCGUCGAUCCAUUGACCCGCCGCUUGCUGCAUCCAUGGCCACGUCCGUGUCCGGCGGCCAUUGACGACGUCGAUCGACGAUGCAUGGGCAACUCCUGCCACGGCUCCACCACUCCCGCCACCUACGCCGCCGCUGACCUCUCCUGCUACCCGCACUACCGCACCAGCAGCUCCGAGGACGACGGCGACGAGGCCCUCAUCGAGACCCUCGAGCGCGCGCCGCACCGGAACACCAUCAUGCGCGGCGGCGGCGGGCACCAGCACCAGCUCUCCUCGCCCACGGCGGUGCUGGGCCACCACACGCCGCCCCUCCGCGACCUCUACGCCCUCGGCCGGAAGCUCGGCCAGGGCCAGUUCGGCACCACCUACCUCGCCACCGACCUCGCCACGGGCACGCCCUACGCGUGCAAGUCCAUCGCCAAGCGCAAGCUGCUCACCCCCGAGGAUGUGGACGACGUGCGGCGCGAGAUCCAGAUCAUGCACCACCUGGCCGGCCACGCCAGCGUGGUGACCAUCAAGGGCGCGUACGAGGACGCGCAGUACGUGCACAUCGUCAUGGAGCUCUGCGAGGGCGGCGAGCUCUUCGACCGCAUCGUCCACCGGGGCUACUUCUCCGAGCGCCGCGCCGCCGAGAUCGCGCGCGUCAUAGUCGGCGUCGUCGAGGCCUGCCAUUCCCUGGGCGUGAUGCACCGGGAUCUCAAGCCCGAGAACUUCCUGUUGAAGGACAAGGACGACGACAAUGGAAGCAAUGGCGGCGGGGAUGGCAGCAUCAACCUCAAGGCGAUCGACUUCGGGCUGUCGGUCUUCUUCAAGCCGGGUCAGAUCUUCAGCGACGUGGUGGGCAGCCCCUACUACGUGGCGCCCGAGGUCCUCUGCAAGCACUACGGGCCGGAGGCCGACGUGUGGACCGCGGGGGUCAUCGUGUACAUCCUGCUCUCCGGCGUGCCGCCGUUCUGGGCGGAGACGCAGCAGGGCAUCUUCGACGCCGUCCUGAAAGGGUCCAUCGACUUCGAGUCCGAUCCCUGGCCGACCAUCUCCGACUCCGCCAAGGACCUGAUCCGCAAGAUGCUGCGGUCGCCGCCGGUGGACCGCCUCACGGCGCACCAGGUGCUGUGCCACCCGUGGAUCAUCGAGAACGGCGUUGCCCCCGACGCUCCGCUCGACCCGGCCGUGCUGUCCCGGCUCAAGCAGUUCUCCGCCAUGAACCGGCUCAAGAAGAUGGCGCUGCGGGUGAUCGCGCGCAGCCUGUCGGAGGAGGAGCUGGCGGGGCUCAAGGAGAUGUUCAAGGCCAUGGACGCCGACGGCAGCGGCGCCAUCACCUUCGACGAGCUCAAGGAGGGGCUGAAGCGGCUCGGGUCCAACCUCAACGAGUCGGAGAUCAGGGACCUCAUGGAGGCGGCGGACGUGGACAACUCCGGCACCAUCGACUACGACGAGUUCAUCGCCGCCACCGUGCACAUGAAUAAGCUGGAGCGGGAGGAGCACCUGCUAGCGGCCUUCGCCUACUUCGACAAGGACGGCAGCGGGUACAUCACCGUGGACGAGCUGGAGGAGGCCUGCCGCGAGCACAACAUGGCCGACGUCGGCAUCGAAGACAUCAUCAGCGAGGUCGACCAAGACAACGAUGGUCGGAUCGACUACGGGGAGUUUGUGGCGAUGAUGAAGAAGGGGAUCAUCGGGAAUGGGAAGCUUACCAUGAGGCACACCUCCGACGGCAGCAUCCUCCACGGCGCAGGCGGCGACGUCAGCUAGCUAGCUCAGCGCGCGAGACAUCACCAUGAUCGAGCUCUGUCCGUCGAUCACAAAUUCUUUUUGGGGGAAAAUUGUUUCAUGUAUCUGAGGAAUAAACGAGGUAGAUUAUACUACGUACAUAUGGCUCAAAUCAUGAUUAAUUUAAUGUGCAUGUACGCGAUCGAGGGGAGAUAUAUAUAGGAUGUCGUUAAGACUGAGCUCUUAUGAACAGUAUCGACCAUAUUCUUUGUAGUCUAAACUGUAAUCCUUAUCAAGGUAAACUGUACUUUCAAACAUGUAUAUUUAUCAACGGAAUCUAGGACGUUCGUUCUAGUGUGCAAUGUAAUCCCUGACACCAAUUCUUAUUCAA